AUGCAAAAACAACAACAAUUGCAACAGCAAAGACAACAACAACCACAACAACAAUUGCAAACUAAGCUGCAACAACAAGAAGCUGUGCAACAACAAAAACAACAACAACCACAAGCUAUGCAACAACAACAACAACAAUUGCAACAGAAAAGACAACAACAACGACCACAACAACAAUUGCAAAAUUCGCCGCAACAACAAGCUAUGCAACAAGAAAAACAACAACAGCAAAAACAAGCUAUGCAACAACAGCAACAACAACAACAACAACAACAACAACAAUUGCAACAGCAAAGACAACAACAACAACCACAACAACAACGUGUACAAUGGCAACAAAAACAACAACAAAUCCAGCAAUAUCAAAUGCAACAACAGCAACAACAAUAUCAACAACAACAACAAAAGUUCUUCAACUAUAAUCCCCCAACAUUCCUUCGACCACGGUUGCAAAAAUAUAAUAAUUAUUCACCAAAUUUCAUCCCAAAAUAUGGACGCAAUCACCAAAGACACAAGUUAAAACAUCACAGAUAUAAAAACAAUCGUCAUUCAAAACAGACAACAUGCCCAGGUAAUUGCCCGGCUGUUUGCGCUCCAUCAUGCAUCAGGGGUUGCUGUAGAUUAAAACGUUAA